GAGAAGGGGAAGUUCCAGCAGCCAAGGGAGAUUUCUCCUGAACUGGAAGUGAGACUCAGUGAUUUCUCCCAGAAAACUAUUGCUGUAAUGGAGACUCUGAGGAAGUUCAAAGACAUUCUGCCAGCUAAAUUGGAGAUAAGAAGAGUGGAACCCCUAGAAGCACACCGACAGGCGAAUGUGACUCUGAAUCCAGACACGGCUCAUCCCCAGCUCGUCCUGUCUGAGGAUCGGAAAAGUGUGAACGGUGGAGACACGCGGCAGCGACUGCCCAACAACCCUGGGAGAUUUGACACUGUGUACUAUGUGCUGGGCUGUGAGGGAUUCACCUCGGGGAGACAUUGCUGGGAGGUGCAGGUGGGGGAUGGGCGAUUCUGGGCCGUGGGGGUGGCAAGAGAGUCUGUGAAGAGGAAGGGAUGGAUCAGCCGUAGCCCUGAGGAUGGGAUCUGGGCUGUGGGGCUGUGGAAGGGUCAGUUCCAGGCCCUCACCUCCCCUGAGACCCGUCUGCCCUGGCGACGGGUCCCAAAGAGGAUCCGGGUUUGUCUGGACUGUGACCAGGGGCAGGUGACAUUUAUCACUGCUGGUGACAAGGCCCCGAUCUUCACUUUCCCGCCAGGCUCCAUCCCUGGGGAGAGAAUCCUACCCUGGCUCUGGGUGGGGGACAAAGACACCUGGCUCAUACUGUAUCCCUGAGGGGGAUUUUCCCACCCAUUCAAGAAUACAAGAGUCACUGAAGAAGAUGACAUUUUGAUUACGAGGCACGGGCUAAU